CUUUCAUGCAACUGAGAGUUAUUUGAUCAGAGAUCGUUGUAUCGUCAUUAGUGAAUCGGAAACUUCCGCGAAAAUUUGCAUAAUACGCAUUUCCUGAUGGAUGUUACAAAAUGAUCCUAACCUUUCGUCGUGCUCUCGUUGUAUCAGCCGGCACGUUUCGAUUCGCCACGAUAUGUAGAUUGAGUUUUUUAAUACAUUGAUGGAUCCAUCAAUGAAUUAAAAAACUUGCUUGUAGCCACUUCCUCUCUCUACUGCAAACUAUUUAAACGGGAGAGAUUUUCUCGCGAACACGUCGGUGGACGCGAGUCGGGUCGGGAAUGAAUAAACGUCGUCUCGUGAACCAUGAUGUGUCAUACGUGCUAAUUAUUUCUGCGUUAUUUGUCUUUAAUAACAACAAUUUGUAUAAAUAAUACAUCUUGCGUAUGCCGCAACAUCAAAGGAACGACGCUAUAGCGAACGCGUUUUUGCGGCGCGAUCUGCGGACGUCAUUGAGCCGGGCACGAAUACAAUUUUAAUAUAUAUAUAUAUAUAUAUAUAUUUAUAUAUUUAUAUAUUUAUAUUUAUAUAAAUAGCUCGGAAGAGUAUCUGCGUUUUACACCCUAAUCCGUACGAAUAAUAUACCUUUUGGCACUUACUAAUUAAUCGAAACCAGGGCCAUCUUAAACAUUAACCGUCGAUCGAAACGACACGAGAGAUCCCGGUCCCUCCUCUCUUCUUGUCCUCUCUUUCUCUGUCUCUCUCUUUCUCUAUCUCCUCGAGUUAUGUAGGGAAAGGAGAGGAGAUGGAAAACGUUCUAAGCGAGUCUAGGAAAGCGAUCUUUCUCGCCAGAAUGACCGGGAUAGUUCAGUACGUGGUGGUGCGGGCAGAUCUUUUGAAGACAAUGGGCUGGCCGUUGGGCGCGGUGGUCGCACAAGCGUGUCACGCGUGCACCGCCGUUACUCAUCUCUUUUACAAUGACACCCACACGCAGGCUUAUCUCGCCGAUUUAGACAAUAUGCACAAGGUGGUGCUCGAAGCUGCCGACGAAGCCAGUCUGCAAACGCUACAUACGAAAUUGAGGGAGAACGACAUUCAGCACAAGCUGUGGAUAGAGCAGCCCGAGAACAUCGCGACGUGCCUGGUGACGAAGCCUUACCCUAAGGACGAGGUGCAGCCGUACUUCAAAAAGUUCAAAUUGCUCAAGACGUGACGACAGCGCGGCGCAUGUAAACGGCAAUAAAUGAUCUUUUUGUAAUCAAG